AUGCCAUCAAUUUGCGAAGCUCUAAAAAUUCCCGCACCAUUGAUUUUUGAGGAAUGGGAAGGAAGAAUUGUUGGCGGGUCAACAGCUUCUCCGGGACAAUUCCCGUACCAAAUUUCCCUGAGAAAUGCCAAUAACGCCCACUUUUGUGGUGGUUUCUUAGUCAACACCCGCUGGGUUGUGUCUGCAGCCCAUUGCACACGUGGCCGUACAACUGGAAAUACCUUCAUCAUUGCAGGGGCGCAUUCUCGCGUUACGGGUGGUACGCGUUUUGGGACCUCCCGCAUCGUCAAUCAUGGGCAAUUCAAUGCCAACACAUUGGCCUUUGAUGUGUCUGUGUUGCUGUCUUCGAGUACAAUGAGUCAGACCAGCACAAUUCGUCCCAUUGGUCUCAGUUCCACACAUCUCGGCGGUGGCGUGAAUGCCGUGGUUACCGGAUGGGGGCAGACAUCGCACCCCGGAAGUGCAGCCAAUACCCUACAAUUCCUCCAGGUUCAAACUAUAAGCAAUCCCAAUUGCGCCAGUGCUCAUGGAUCUAAUGGGGGACGCAUCUUUAGCCACAAAAUUUGCACGCAUGGCGUCAAUGGCCGUGGAACCUGCAUGGGGGAUUCAGGUGGCCCACUUGCUGUUGGAAAUUCCUGCAUUGGCAUCGUCUCCUGGGGCGUUGCAUGUGCUCGAGGCUUUCCUGAUGUCUUUGAUCGUGUCUCGUCGCACAGAAAUUGGAUUCUGGCUCAAUUUUGA